AACCCUAUUAUAUUUACACAAUUUGAUUCCAAAAUGAAAUUACCACCAAGAACCCCGACAUUUAGUUCGUAAUCAGUUGAACGGAAAAGAUGGUUGCGAUGGAACCCAGUUUGGAGGACAUAUUGGAGGAGAAGAAGCGAGUCAGAAACCCUCUUGUUCCUGUUGGUGCACUUAUGACAGCAGGAGUGCUCACCGCUGGCUUAAUUAGUUUCAGACAAGGCAAUUCUCACUUGGGUCAGAAGUUAAUGAGAGCAAGAGUGGUUGUCCAAGGUGCUACGGUGGCCCUCAUGGUAGGCACUGCUUAUUACUAUGGAGGUAAUCCAUGGAAAUCGAGCUAGACCAAAAUGCUUUUGAAUUCUUCUCGUUUGUUAUAUGAAUUCUCAUAAUGAUUGAAAUUAUUUACUUGAGGCCCUGAUGCAUCUCAGUUGUCUUUCAAUGUUUCUUUCUUCAAAUUCAAGGUAACACAUUGUUGCAGUCACAUUAUUGUACUCCCAAGGACUGAUUAUGUUUUAUAUGCUUAUGCUCAAAUAAAAUAACCUCAAAAAGAGUGUCUUUAGUUAA